GUUUGUUAGCGUACCUGCCUUGACAUUAACAUUGUGUCGUAGACUGGGUAUAACUGACAGGCGGCAACGUUCCUCAUACCAAACCAAACUUUAAGUUUAUUCUUACAUCGCUGGUCCACAGAAACCAGGAGGUUAAACAGGUCCAGGCCGGUUCGCGCUGGUGUUUUGGUCGCGGUCAGCGUGUUGUUUUCGGAGGUCAGCGAGUCUCCAGGUGAAACCAGCACGCCGUUCAGAUGCUUUCCCCAAGCAGGACCGUCUCCUCCCUGCUGUUCAGGCCGGUCUCGUGGCUCCCACUCCGGCUAGGGUCUGACCGGAGAGCCGCCAGCACUCUGCAGGAAGAGUUAAUAAAGAAGCAUGAACCGGAGAAGGAUGAGCCCCGCCCCCUCUACAUGGACUUCCAGGCUACCACACCCAUGGACCCCCGGGUGCUGGACGCCAUGUUGCCCUACCAGGUGAAUUACUACGGUAACCCUCAUUCCAGGACACACGCCUAUGGCUGGGAGAGUGAGAGCGGCAUGGAGAAAGCCAGAAAGCAGGUGGCUGAUCUGAUUGGAGCAGAUCCCAGAGAGAUCAUCUUCACAAGUGGAGCCACAGAGUCCAACAACAUGGCCAUAAAGGGUGUGGCCAGGUUCUACAAGUCCAAAAAACGCCAUGUGAUCACCACGCAGACAGAGCAUAAAUGUGUUCUGGACUCAUGUCGAGUUCUGGAGUCCGAAGGAUUCAACAUCACCUACCUGCCAGUCCAGAGUAACGGACUGCUGGACCUGGAGCUGUUGGAGGCCUCCAUUCGUCCUGACACUUCUCUCUUGUCAGUGAUGACCAUCAACAACGAAAUUGGAGUCAAGCAGCCCAUUAAAGAAAUCGGCCAGAUUUGUCGUUCUAAAGGAGUGUUCCUUCACACUGACGCAGCUCAGGCUGUCGGAAAGAUUCCCAUCAGUGUCACCGAUUGGAAGAUUGACCUGAUGUCCAUCAGCGGCCACAAGAUCUAUGGACCCAAAGGUGUGGGUGCUUUGUAUGUGCGUCGCCGGCCCCGUGUGCGUUUGGAGCCACUGCAGAGCGGAGGCGGGCAGGAGAGGGGGCUGCGAUCCGGCACAGUCCCCACCCCGCUAGCUGUUGGACUCGGAGCCGCCUGCAGCAUCGCCCAGCAGGAGAUGGAGUAUGAUCAUCACAGAGUGUCCACACUUGCUAAUCGUCUGGUCCAGAAGAUCAUGUCUAGGAUUCCUGACGUUGUCAUGAAUGGAGAUCCAGAACAACGCUACCCUGGCUGUGUCAACCUGUCCUUUGCCUAUGUGGAGGGAGAAAGUCUGUUGAUGGCAUUGAAGGAUGUCGCUCUGUCAUCUGGGAGCGCAUGUACAUCAGCGUCUCUGGAACCAUCGUACGUUCUCAGAGCAAUUGGAGCAGAUGAAGACCUGGCUCAUUCUUCCAUCAGGUUUGGUAUUGGCAGGUUCACCACAGAAGACGAGGUGGACUACACUGCAGAGAAAUGUGUUCAGCAGGUCAGCAGACUCAGAGAGAUGAGUCCUCUGUGGGAGAUGGUCCAAGAAGGCAUCGACCUGAAGAGCAUUAAGUGGUCGCAGCAUUAGACUCCUCCCACUUCAGCUUUACUUCCUGACUGAUGACGCCGAUGACAAAGAUGAUGGCGAUGGUGAUUCGUCGUGAAUUCUGGGAGUAGACUAGCUUUUCCUUCCUGUAUACAAACACGCACAAACUUCCUGUCUGACUUGAAGUCUGUUUGUAGCUGUAGCUCUCUGUUUUUGUUGAAACUCCUCUAGUUGCUCCAGCAAGGAGGUGAUGCUCUGAGAACUGACCAACACAUGGCAACUUUUCUCUCUCUCUUUUCAUUCUGAUGCAGAAUUGGCUGAAAAAGUUGCUGCAGUGUGUUUCAUCUGGCUGCUGUAUCAUGAUCUUAGUCUGGCCCUUUGGCUUACUCUAAGGGCAUGUUAACAAGAAAGAGGACAUGUAACAUCAGAACCAAGAAGUACUUGAUAUGACAUGUAUUGAAAUUCUAUCACUGAGGCACAAAAAGGUAGUUUACAGUGAGGUCAAAUAUAAUCACACAACUAGAAUAAAAUAAGAAACAGUUAUAGGAUUAAUUAGAUAUUCAAAGUAAGGUUAAAGCUGUAAAUCGGUGUGUGUGUCUGUGUGACACUCCUGUCAGGAUCCUGUAGGACUUUAUUCUUCCAGUGAUCUGAUUGGUCAGUACAGGAGCAAGUUAGCCCUGCAGCAUAUGUUACCACAGUGCACUAUCCCAGUUACCAUAGUGAUUUAAACAUGGUUAAAAAUGAGCCAGUUUUGUGAGAUAAAUGCAACUGAAAUACUAUUUUUGCUUUGUGAUGCAGGCUGCGAUCAAUUUGUAAGCAACCAUGGUCAACCCAAGUAACAAGAAACAAAAUGGGGACAGCGUGUAGUGUAGCUUCACAUUCAAGUUUAUGACAGCAACUAAAGGCAGUGGACCCAAAUUCACUGAGUCGAUAUGAUGAUUCACGAAUAAUUCUUUGAGUCAGAAGUUUUCACUUGAUGAUCCACAAGUUGUGUCCUGCUCUGUUUACAGAUGAUACACUGUCCUCACGCUUGCAGUUUUUCUUUCUCUUCCCACCUCAGUUUGCAGUAUUCAAUAAACAGCAGCAUCAUAUCGGUGUUAGUUUGAUUAUUUUGUUAAAGUCUGGAACACUCUUCAAGACUGUAGCCUUGAUUCAACAAUAAAAGUUUAUUUUCAAGAUGGUGGAGAGCAAAACCAGCUCAGGUCCACUCACAUAGAUGUGUCUGAACACAAAAAACGGAAUAAUUGUAAUCAUAAAAGUUAAUAAAAAAAAAAAUAUAUAUUAUAUAUAUAUAUUGAAGUCUUGUAUUGUGUUCCUGGAUCAGCUGAGCCUGUACUGGUCAUAUUUAUCAAAAUCCUGCAUCUACUGUCUUCUACUGUUACUUAUUCUCAUCGUAAACAUUAUUAUCCAAUAAAGUGCUGCUUCAUGAUUAUGCAGUAAA